AAAGUAGUAGUAUCCUAUUUUCUCUUUCGUCAACUCGGUUCAGGUUCAGGUGCAGCAGCAUCAUCUUCAACAUCUCGAUCCGUUAGCAAGUAGAGCACCUUACUCUUCCUACUAGCACCAUUCCGAAGUCCAAAGUCAGGAACCGCCCGCCCUCACGCGAGCACCAUGAAGUUUCCAUCCUCCAAAGCUCAAGGAGAUAUGUAUAAGGAGGCAAAGAGGAGUUCCUACUUUGAUUUACCUGCACUUGAUGUUUCCAUAGCAUUUCCUCAAGCAACUCCAGCAUCCAUCUUCCCUCCUUGUGCUUCGGACUACUACCAGUUUGAUGACCUUUUGACCCCUGACGAAAAAGAGACCAGACAGAAAGUGAGAAAAUGCAUGGAAAAAGAAGUAGCUCCAAUAAUGGCUAAGUACUGGGAGAAGGCAGAGUUUCCAUUUGAAGUUGUCCCAAAGCUUGGUGCCUUGUGUAUUGCAGGUAGCACUCUCAAGGGAUAUGGCUGUCCUGGUCUUUCUAUCACUGCAAGCGCUGUUGCUACUGCAGAACUUGCUAGAGUUGAUGCAAGCUGCUCUACCUUCAUAUUGGUGCAUUCUUCUUUGGCAAUGCUCACUAUUGGAAUGUGUGGAUCAGAAUCCCAAAAGCAAAAAUAUCUACCUUCAUUGGCCAAACUUGAUACCAUAGGUUGUUGGGCUUUGACUGAACCUGACUACGGAAGUGAUGCAAGUGCCUUAAGAACAACUGCAACGAAGGUUGCAGGCGGUUGGAUCCUUGAAGGCCAGAAGAGAUGGAUAGGAAACAGCACCUUUGCUGAUAUAUUGGUUGUAUUUGCUAGAAACACAACCACAAACCAGAUAAAUGGAUUUAUUGUAAAGAAGGAUGCUCCAGGACUACAAGCCACAAAGAUAGAAAAUAAGAUUGGAUUGCGAAUUGUGCAAAAUGGAGACAUUCUACUGAAGAAAGUGUUCGUCCCUGAUGAAGACAGAUUAUCUGGUGUAAAUUCCUUUCAGGAUACAAACAAGGUGCUUGCUGUUUCACGUGUUAUGGUUGCUUGGCAACCUAUUGGCAUUGUGAUGGGUGUUUAUGACAUGUGUCACAGGUACUUGAAAGAGAGAAAGCAGUUCGGAGCUCCUCUAGCAGCUUUUCAGAUCAAUCAACAAAAACUGGUUCAGAUGUUGAGUAAUAUUCAAGCCAUGAUUCUGAUUGGGUGGCGCCUAUGCAAGUUGUAUGAGAGUGGUACGAUGAGUCCUGGUCAUGCCAGCAUGGGAAAGUCAUGGAUUACCUUGAGGGCCAGGGAGACCGUGUCUCUUGGUCGUGAAUUACUCGGUGGCAAUGGGAUAUUAGCCGACUUUUUGGUUGCAAAGGCAUUUUGUGAUUUGGAGCCGAUCUAUACAUACGAAGGCACUUAUGACAUCAAUACCCUGGUGACGGGUAGGGAGAUUACUGGUAUUUCUAGUUUUAAGCCAGCUGCCGUUAGACAACAAAGCCGCCUUUAAAUUGUUUACUUCUACGUCAAAGAAUUGCUCUCUGUUCUGUGUGGGCAUCGUAAGUUGCAAGGGAACUUUUGAGAAGGAUUAAGGAAGCCGGAGGUUACCAAGUUGAGAAAAAAGUCCAUUUAUAAUUAGGGGUUGGGGGGGGGGGGGGC